AUAGAAGCGAUCGAGUUGCAGAUCUUGAUCAGGCAACCUUCACUCGAUUCGACUGAUCAGCAUGGCUGGCCUCGUCAUCCUUUCCGCUUUUCUCCUCGGCUUCCUCCUGCCUUCCUCCAUGGCCGACAACGUUCUCUACUCUGGCGACACGCUGUACAGCGGCCAGUCCCUCACCCAAGGCAGUUACAGCCUCACCAUGCAGUCCGACUGCAACCUCGUGCUCUACGACUACGGCCGGGCGGUCUGGUCCUCCGGCACCUACAACCGCGGCUACAACUGCAUCCUCCGCAUGCAGAACGACGGCAACCUCGUCAUCUACAGCAACAACAACGCCAUUUGGGCGAGCAACACCGGCGGACAGCAAGGCCACUUCGUUCUCAUCCUACAGCGCGACCGCAACGUCGUCAUCUACGGCUGCCCCAGCUGGGCCACCGGCACCAACACCGCCAACUCCAAAGGCGUCGUGGUCGUCGAGCACGGCCGGAACGACACUUCCGCCGCCAUGGUGGUGGUCGUGCCGGAGGGUGACGAGCCCCAGAACCGGAAGAUCGCCAUGGUGAUCAAUAAUUAACUGAUCGGCUCCACGACGAGCCGCUGAUCACUUUUAUGUUGAACAAAUAAAACGAGUGAGAAGCGAGGCCGCAUAAAUAAUUAGCUACUUCGCUAGCUACACAACCGCGCUAGCCGCCUUCUCCUUGUUCUGCACUCUUAAUUUGGUGUGAAUUGAUGAGCUUAUGUAGUUCCUUUUCCGUUAUGCAUCGAUCGAUGUAAAAUAAAACCUUGAGCAGUGUUCGAAGAA